AAGAAAGAAGAUUCCACCUAAACAUUAGGAAGAACUUCCUGACUGUAAGAGCUGUUUGGCAGUGGAAUUUGCUGCCAAGGAGUGUGGUGGAGUCUCCUUCUUUGGAGGUCUUUAAGCAGAGGCUUGACAGGCCUCAUAUGUCAAGAAUGCUUUGAUGGUGUUUCCUGCUCUGCAGGGGGUUGGACUGGAUGGCCCUUGUGGUCUCUUCCAACUCUAUGAUUCUAUGAUUCCAGAAUUAAUUACGUUUGUAUACUCUCCUUCAUCUGUAGAUCUCAGCUUAAAAAUACAAGGAAAAACCCACAAAAUACAUAAUAAAAACAAGAACAAGAACAAAACAAUAUUCCCCGUCCCACCAAAUGCAUGUAAAAGGAUAUAGGAUGUUAUUCAGCCUGGUUGAAGAGGAACGUUUUUGCCUGAUACCUAAAGGUAUAUACGGUAUAAUGAAGGUGCCAGGCGAACCUCCCUGGGGAGAGCAUUCCACAAACGGGGAGCCGCGACAGAAAAGGCCCGUUCUCAUGUUUCUGCCAUCCGGACCUCUCGCGAAGGAGGCACACAAAGGAGGGCCUCCGAUUAUUAUCUGUCCAGGACGGUUUAUAUGGAGAGAGGUGGUACUUGAGGAAUUGCAGUCCUGAGCCGUUUAAGGCUUUAUAGGUCAAAUCCAGUACUUUGAAUUGGGCCCAGAAGCUAAUUGGCAGUGAGUGCAGUUGGGCCAGGAUAGGUAUAUGCUCAAACCGUGAGCAGCCUGGCCUCUGAAUUCAGCAAAAAGGGGGCGGGGGAACACACACCAAAGACAGCUAUUAAAAUAACAGUAGAACAAACAAACAAACAAAAACAGAGCUUCUAAGUUCUGAAGUUUUCAUGAAGGAAUAAAUAUCUCGGUAGUGGCACCCGCCCUGUGGAACACCCUUCCAUCAGAUGUCAAGGAAAUAAGCAGCUAUCCUAUUUUUAAAAGACAUCUGAAGGAAGCCCUGUUUAGGGAAGUUUUUUAAUAUUUAAUGCUGUAUUGUUUUAACACUCGAUUGGGAGCUGCCUAGAGUGGCUGGGGAGACUUAGUCAGAUGGGCAGGGUACAAAUAAUAAAUUAUUUAUUUACUUAUUUAUUUAUUUCCUCCUUGAUAAAGAUAUAUCUGAAACACACGGUGAGCAUUUCACUCUUCAUAGCCGCUUUUUGUGUGAGUAAAACCUGCAAUUAAAUGGUUGCUCUGUGUGUGUAUUUAGUUCUUUUGAAGUACAAGUCCUUUUUCGUUUUAUAGAAUGGUAUUCUUCCACCAUUCUGUUCUGAAGAAAUGCACGUCAGAUCUAAAAAAGUUCACAUUUUCAAGGAAAGUGGUGAUUGUGCACAUUAAAAGUAUUGUUAGACAUGUAGAUAAAAUAAAUAAUAAAUAAUGGGUGUCUCCAAAACUGGUGGUGUUUGAUGUAACCACAAGCAUAACGGUGAGACAAAAAUCAUUGGAGAAGAAACAGUCUUAGAGCAUUCAGGCUAAAUGCCUUACCAUACAGUAUUGUGGUGUAAAGCUUUGAGGGGCAGAGACCACAUUAUCUGAUACAGAUCUUGCACAUUUGAGGAAACCCUCAAGUCGUAUUUGCUCGUUUCUUGCUUUGUUAGUCAGUAGCAGCAGCAGCAAAGACUGCUCACUGCAACAUUUUGGUGGAACAACAGAGCUAUCGCACUUCUGCAGUCCGGCUACUGCAGAAGGUGAGCAGGCAGAUUAUGCCCAGCUCAGCCUCACCCUAAGAACACCCCAUUUUGGAGCAUUCUGCCAGGCACUGCCAAGCGGGAAUAUUAAUUUUAUUUAUUUCUUUAUUUCAUAAAAUUUAUACACUGCUUGGUUCUAAAAUAGAAAUGAUAACUGAACUGGUUUGUGCAUUGUGGUUUAUUGCGAAUGAGUAGCUCAUGGUCUGGAGUACAACAAAACUGGAAGUGCUGGUUCACAUGUAAAGCUAAGCCAAGGCUCUUGGUUCGUUGCGCCUGGCUGCAGACAGGGUGGAGCAGAAUGGGAGUGAUUUAGUAUCAAGAAGGUACUAGUGGAACACCCUUCCAUCAGAUGUCAAAGAAAUAAGCAGCUAUCCUAUUUUUAAAAGACAUCUGAAGGCAGCCCUGUUUAAGCAAGUGCUGUAUAUUCCUGCGUAUAAGACUACUUUUUAACCCAGGAAAAUUUUCUCAAAAGUCGGGGGUCGUCUUUCGUAUUUCUUACAAGGUGAGUAUAUCCCAGAUUCUAUAUUUUAACUGGAAAAGUGGGGGGGGGGGGUCGUCUUAUAUGCCCAGUCGUCUUAUACGCCGGAAGAUACGGUAUUUAAUAUUUAAAGCUGUAUUGUUUUAACACUCGAUUGGGGAGACUCAGCCAGAUGGGCGGAGUACAAAUAAUAAAUUAUUAUUAUCAUAAACCAUGGCUUACCAUGAUGCGUGGAUCAGCUCAGUGUCUGAGGCCGUGUACAGCAUUCAAAAUUUGCCAGGCGCCAGGUGUCUCUUGCAACUGGCUAUUGGCGACUUGCGACCAUGUGAAGAUGCCCGGGAGCCAGGAUGGUGCCUGCCCUCUCCACCAUCUGGAGGUGGAUGCCUGGGGGAUCCUUGGAUCCGGACUGUUUUCACAUCCUGUAGAAUUCUAUCCGUUAUAUUUCAUAUGCACAAUCGGAAUGAUGAUAAUAAUAAUUUAUUAUUUGUACCCCUGCCCAUCUGGCCGGGUCUCCCCCGCCACUCUGGGCGGCUUCCAACACACAUUAAAAUACAUUAAAAUAUCACAGAUUAAAAACUUCCCUAAACAGGGCUGCCUUUAGGUAUUUUCUAAAUGUCAGGUGGUAGUUUAUCUCUCUGACCUCUGGUGGAAAAUAGAACUUUUGAGUCACCUGGCCCAAAAAUGGCAACUAGGGAUUCCAUCCUGGUUUAAGGGGGUCAUUUGGUUCCUAGCUUAUAUAUUUGAAUUUCUAACACUGCUUGUCUACACAUUUCUGUUUACUCUGCAUCCUAUGUUCUCCCACUGCUGUCUUAGAAAAGCUUGUAUACACGACGUCAGCCACAAUCCAUAUCUAUCCUGAAGUUUCUUGUGAAAUACUGCAUUUUGAUACAUUCCCACCACCCCAAUCAGCUUUGAUUUGAAUUGAGAACUACUCAUUAGGUAAAGGCAUUCCUGGCUGAUCUCUGCAUGCCAUUCACAUGCAGUGAGUGAUGUAGAUACAACAGGGUGUACAACAGGGUGCAAAUGCAUUUAAAAUACAGUGAAAAUAAAUGACCUCGCUGACCUUUAAGCUGGUAGUGUGUACACAGCCAUUGUCAAGGUUUUGGCAUCCUGGUGUUGAAAUACAUCUGUACAUCAUGUUUAUAACAUUUGUUGUUGUUUAGUCGUUUAGUCGUGUCUGACUCUUCGUGACCCCAUGGACCAUAGCAUGGACCAUAGUACAUACUGUACUGCUAACAUUGCCAACUUAGCAGUUCUAAAGCACGUCAAAGUACAAAGUACAAGUAGAUAAAUAAGUUCCACUACAGCGGGAAGGUAAACGGUGUUUCCAUGUGCUGCUCUGGUUCACCAGAGGCGGCUUGGUCAUGCUGUACGCCGGCUCCCUCGGCCAAUAACGGGAGAUGAGCGCCGCAACCCCAGAGUCGGUCACGACUGGACCUAAUGUUCAGGGGUCCCUUUACCUUUAACCCUGGUUUUUAAAAACAGAUGGAACAGUGAUGGUGACAGCAGUCACGAAAUUAAAAGACGCCUGCUUCUUGGGAGAAAAGCAAUGACAAACCUAGACAGCAUCUUAAAAAGCAGAGACAUCACCUUGCCGACAAAGCAAUGCAGAGUGAAGAUCACACUAUUAACCUGAAAAGGGAAUGCUUGUCUUCUGCGCCAUGCUCUAAGGUACCUGCACAUGAAGAUGAUAAGGCCAAGUGGGUUUUUAAAAGGCAUGUCAUCCUAGUUGUGAUUGGCCUUUGCUUUGUCUACAUGGUCAAAUUAAGCUUGCAUUCCAAAGAAUGUGACAUGGCAAGAAUUCAUUAUGUCAACCCUGAGCACGCAAAGAGAGCACAAAAGUAUGCGGAGCGAGUUGUUCAAGCUGAGUGCCGACCAUCUUUUGUGAAGAAAGGGAUGGGCAGAUUAUUUAUGGAAAAGUACAGUGUGAAUGCGUUUCCAUUUGUAAGAAGAGACAUAAAUUCGCAAGAAGCCAUCUUCAAAUACGAACCACCCUUUGGAUUUCACAAGUUUUCUGAAAAACUUCAAGACCUGUUGGAACUUUUACCCGAAUAUGACCUGCCGGAAAGCUUGCAAUCGAAGGCUUGUAAGCGCUGUGUUGUCAUUGGGAGUGGAGGGGUUCUUAAUGGACUGGAGUUGGGCUACGCCCUGAACCAAUUUGAUAUUGUUAUAAGGUUAAAUAAUGCACCAGUUCAGGGAUACACAGAUGAUGUUGGUAAUAAAACUACCAUAAGGAUGACAUAUCCAGAAGGUGCCCCCUUAUCUGAACAUGAGUAUUAUCCAAAUGGCUUAUUUGUUGCUGUUUUGUUUAAAAGUGUUGAUUUUGACUGGAUUCAAGCAAUGGUGAAAAAUGAAACACUUCCACUCUGGGUGCGGCUGUUUUUUUGGAAGGAGGUAGCCGAGAAAAUACCAGUGCCACCUAAACACAUUCGCAUCUUAAACCCGUUAAUAGUCAAAGAGACGGCUUUGGAUAUUCUGGAGUACCCUGAACCUCGAGCAAAGUUAUGGGGGUGGGAUAAGAAUGUGCCUACAAUCGGUGUGAUGGCAGUGGUCCUGGCCUCACAUUUAUGUGACGAAGUGAGUAUAGCUGGAUUUGGAUACAAUCUGAGUCAACCCAACACCCCACUGCAUUAUUUUGACAAUCUUUGCAUGGCUGCGAUGAAUGGCCAGACAAUGCACAAUGUGACUACAGAAGCAAAAUUUCUUCAGAAGCUGAUAAAAGAGAGAAUUGUAAGAGACCUCAGUGGAGGAAUACAUUGCGACUUCUGCAGAAAGGCAAGUUAGUGACUGAAAAUAAGCCCAAAGACUGGAUUCUGUGUGUUCCUGCAGGCUCCUCCUCCCCAAAGGAGGCACUCUCAGUGUUUCCAUCUUGCAAGAUGCCCUAAAGGACUUUUUAUUACUGUGUUCAGCUGCUUUCCUUUUUAAUUUUAUGUUCAGUUGGGUAAGUAUUUUUUAAUGUACAUGAAAAUAAUGUUUUGCUUCCCACAAGGAUUUUGUGGGUAAUUUAAAUUUCCUUAAUGCAUAUUUAAUGGUUUAGUGUUUGGAAAGAGACCCAGAACCUUUUUAUUAUAUAGGUUGCCUAGAGCUGUGUUUCUUGAUUUCAUGAAGGAAAAAGUUCUCAGUUGGUGUUCAUUCUAACAUCUUGCAGCACUUUUAAAUGUGUGAAAUAUUAUUAUUAUUAUUAUUAUUAUUAUUAUUAUUACUAGAGAACAUGAAUAUUGGGAAAUGGAAGUGACUCUCAUUACCGGGUGAAGCGAUCACUUGCAUUCCCUUCCACAGACCAUUUUCCUGACAUUUUAAUUCUUCCUCCAGACUGCAGAGCCAAAGGGUUUCAAAGCCCCUUUUCAGUGACACGGCCAGAAAGUGCAGCGCCUACUCCCAAUUUAGAGGCCAAGGCCUUUUAUAAUUACCAAACACGACCUGGGCUGGGGCUGUUUGAAAUCCGUCCUACUGUGAAGAAGCUGACUUCCUUGAAAUAAGCAAAUAAGAACAAUUUUGAUAACCUGGUAUUACAGUAUUAUAGGUGUUUGCUAGGUGUUAAGUAUUUCUCUCCUUCCAAGUCAUGCAUUACCUAGGGAGGUAUGGCAGCUUCCCAUAAGAUUAUGUCUUUCAAACGUGGUAAACCUGUGGACCCAUGAGUUUUGGGGGGCAGGCACCCCCAAUGUGGGUGGUUGCUGUGAAUCACAAACCCAGACAGCUCCCUCCUCUUUCUGGAGCACGCAUCUGUUAGCAGCUGUAGAUGGGGACAGGAGGAGAGGCAAGAUAUCGGCGCCUCUUUUUUUGCUGCCCAUGACCCCUAUUGCAGAGUGGCACUGCCAAGGGACCAUCACACCAACGAGCGUCCUCUUACCAUCCUCACACCAAGUGGUAAGAGUUGGAGUCCAGCAACGUCUCGAGGGCUGGCAGUUCCCCAGUCCUAAUGUUAAGGAUGGCAUAUGUAGGAACAACAAAUGAAAGAGUAUUUACUGUUACGCGUUGGCUGCUGUAGUCCGAAAUAGUAAUUUCACGAAGAAUAAGGUUUCUAUCAAGAUGAGCUUCCCAUGUGGUGCCGGUGGCAUGAUGGGACCCAUAGUAGAGAUGCUUCUUCCUACAAGAGAAACCCCUGCAGAAGAUCAUGUGGGAGAAGCCCAGCUUUCCAGGGGUGGGGGGUGCUGGUUCCUGGCAUACAGUAAAAGUACAGUGUUGACCUCUCAAGUUAUUGCCCUGAUAUUAUAGCAAGGAGCGACACUGUGCCAGUUUUCAUGGGUAACAUAGGAUCUAGGGCCCCUCCAGACUGGUUUUUUUUUAUUGCAGGGAUAUUCUGCAUCAUUUUCUUGGCGCAUUACUAGUGCAUUAAUGGUGGGUGCGUUGUGCUUUAUUAGUUGUUCUGCGAUGCUUCCCUAACACUACGUUAUUGAUCUCCAGAGGAGCAAUAGGAGCAUAAGAAGCUGCCUUAAACAGAAUCACACCAUUGAUCCAUCUAGCUCGGUGCUAUCUGUUAUCAUUAUUUGUUAAAUUUAUAGACAACCUUUCAUCAGGAGAUCACGGGGUGGUUGACAACAUAACAUGGACAAGGAAGAGGUGGGCAGUCUUGAUGGAGCACUCUUCUCAAUCAGUGCUGAAAGUGAUUGUGGAGAAGGAGUAGAUAUUAAUAAUAAUAAUAAUAAUAAUAAUAAUAAUAAUAAUAAUAAUAAUAACCUGCCCAUCUGGCUGGGUUUCCCCAGCCGCUCUGAGCGGCUCCCAACAGAAUGUUAAAACUGUGAUAAAACAUUAAAACCUUCAGAUGUCUUCUAAAAGUCAGAUAGUUGUUUAUUUCAUUGACAUCUGAUGGGAAGGCGUUCCACAGGGCUGGUGCCGCUACCGAGAAGGCCCUCUGCCUGGUUAAUGAUACAGUCUUACGUUUUGCUAAUACAAGCAACUCCCCCAUUUAUGCGGGGUUACAUUUUGAACCCAUGCACCCAUCAGGGAAAUUGCAUAAAAUGGGGAGUCACGUGUCCCAUGAACCACCACUUUCCUGCACGUCAGCUGAGAGCCUCAGCAAAGCCCUUCUGUGCC